CAAUGGAUUAACCUCGACAUGUCUUUAGGAGAGUAAAAGAACGCACAAUAAUGGAUGCAAAACAAAGUGUAGAUGAGUGGAGAAAGUUAUUUAAGAAUGGAGAAGUUGAUUAAAAUGGAAAUAAGAUAAAAUACAGUCUUAAAUAGGCAGCAGAAAAAGUAGGUGUACCAAAAAAGACAUUAGAAGAUUAUCAUUAGUUAUUAAAGUUUAAUAUAUAAUGAUUAUAUAGAAAAGCAGAAUAAAUCAUAGACUUAAAUGAAGUAAGUGAUAAAAAAAUGGGAUUUUUAAGAAGUCUAUUAAAAUAUUAACACCAACAUUAAUAAAUGCAGCCAGGAGUAUUUUCAGAUGAAGAAAUUAAUAUAAAAUAAGAGGAAAUUGAAGAAUAAAAUGAAGGAUAGUAUCAAUAAUAAUAGGAAUUUAAUAAUUAUGAAGAAAUGAUUGUGGAAGGAGACAUAAAUGAUUUUCAAUAUGAAGAGGAAUAUAUAUAUGGCUUAUAGGAUGUUCAAACAGUAACGAUACACUAAUAAUUAAAUUUUGAUAAGAAAUUAGAAAUUCCAUACAGUGAUUGUGAUGAUUGCGAAACAAAUGAUGAAUUUGAUAAUGAAUGAAUAAUUAUCUAUAAUAAAUC